AUGGAUUCGACCAAAGAUUACACGUCGUCCAUCGAGACCCGCCACUUCAUCAACGGCCAGUUCGUGCCCUCCUCCAAACCCGACACCUUCGAAGUCAUCAACCCCUUCAACCUCAAACCCGUCGCGACCGUCCACGCCGCCACCGCCGAGGACGUCGACACAGCCGUUUCGGCCGCGGCCGCCGCGUUCCCCUCAUGGUCCGCCCUCGCCGCCUCAGAGCGACAAGACUGGCUCACCAAGCUCAGCCGCGCCUUCGAAGCCGCCCUCCCCGAAAUCGUGCACCUCGAGGCCCUGUCCAUGGGCAAGCCACUGCACAAUGAGGUUUCCCCCAUAGGCAUCAGUAUCAUGCGCUACCUGAUCGGCAAAGGUUACGACGUCCAAGGUGAGACCUCGCUCAACACCCCGGGCAUGCUCGCCAUGUCACUGCGCCAGCCCUUCGGCGUCACCGGCGCCAUCAUCCCCUGGAACGCGCCCUUCCUCAUGCUGCUCUUGAAAAUCACGCCCGCCCUCCUCGCGGGGAACACCAUGGUGCUCAAGAGCAGUGAGAAAUCCCCGCUCAGCUGUCUCGUCGCCGCGCGCUGUCUGCAGGAAAUCGAUUUCCCGAAAGGCGUGCUCAACAUCGUCAGCGGCCUCGGACGCCCGACUGGCGAAGCCAUCGCCAAACACAUGCAGAUCCGCAAGAUCAGCUUCACGGGCAGCACGGCGACGGGGCGCGCCAUCAAGGUCGCCGCCGCGCAGAGCAACCUCAAGAAAGUCACGUUGGAGCUCGGCGGCAAGAGCCCGCUCAUCAUCUUCGACGAUGCGAAUCUCGACAAAGCCGUGCCGGCCGCCGCGUACAGCGUGCUGGCUAAUGCCGGCCAGGCCUGUAUCCAGAGCAGUCGGAUCUACGUGCAUGAGAAGAUCGCGGAUGCAUUUGUCGAGGGUAUGAAGGGCGCGAUUGCCGCGAUGGGGAAGUCGGGCGAUCCGUUGGGCGAGGGGACGGGGCGGGGCCCGCAGGCGGAUCGGAUCCAGUUUGAGCGCGUCAUGGCGUUCCUCGACGAGGCGCGGGAGCAGGGGCUCGACGUCGUGGUGGGCGGGAAGCGCGAGAACCGAGAAGGAUACUUUGUCGAGCCGACGAUCAUUCGCAACGCGCCCGAGCAGGCGCGGGUCAUGCGGGAGGAGAUCUUUGGGCCGGUCGUCUGCAUCAAUACCUUUACGGAUGAGGACGAGGUGUUGAAGCGCGCCAACGACACCGAGUAUGGUCUGUACGGCAGCGUGUAUACGCGGGACGUGGGGCGCGCGAUGCGUCUCGCGAGGGCGAUCGAUGCGGGGACCGUGGGCGUCAAUGUCACGAGUCCCAUGAUCGUGGUGGAUAUGCCGUUCGGAGGCUACAAGCAGAGCGGUGAUGGGAGGGAGAAUAGUAAGCAUGUCUUUGAUCAGUGGACGGAGCUGAAGCAGGUGCUGGUCGCGAUGGAUUGA